AUGGGAGAACGCGAGGAUUUAAUUAAAAAGAAACUGGAGGAUUGCCGUUUAUGUUUCAGCUCUACCAAUGUAACAGUUCACAUAGGGCAGAAUAUUGGCAAAAACACAUCAAUUGUUGAAAAAAUUCAAUACUGUACUUCACUAAUCGUGGAAGUGGGUGAUGAUUUCCCUCAGAAAAUUUGUACAACUUGUGCUGAAAACCUAGAUUUAAUCUACAAUUUUAAAAGUAAAGCAAUAGCAUGUGAUAUGGAAUUAUCAAGGAACAUUUACAAGGGCAUACAUUUUACUUAUAUUGAAACAUCAGAUGAUCCAUCAAAUAUUACAAACAAAUUACACUUGGAAGAACAAAACUCUUCGACAAUUGAUACAAAUAGCAAAAAUACUGUGCACAUUGACAAGAAUGCAAGUAUAAUUAAAGAAAUUAUGAACAAUGAAGGUAAAGAGUCAGUUGAAAAAAGAUUGAAUGGGAAUUCAAACAUAUAUCAAGGUUCAAAAACUAACAAUCAAAAGAAAAGUACAUCAGUUAAUCUUAAACGAAAUUCAGAUAAGUCAUUAUUUGACAAUAAAAAUAACAGUUCAAAACAAAUAAAAAUUGAUAAAGAAAUUGACAAUGAAAAACCAUUGGCUAUUGUUAAAAAUGGCAAAGUUGUAUAUAUUUGCGGUGAAUGUAAUUUUGAAGCAGAAACAAUGAUGUCCCUAGUUAGUCAUCAAGCUCGCUUUCAUUUAAAUGUAGGUAGUUUCAAGGGUUCAGGAUGCUCAACUUGUUACAAAUCUUCAGGACUGCUUAAGAAACCGAUUUCAAAGCAGCAUAAGGAUACCUUUAAUUGUAAAUACUGUAAUAAAAUAUAUUUCAACAAACAAAGUCUUAAUCGUCACGCCAAAUGCCAUCAAAAUGUAACUCCAUUAGAAUUUCAAUGUGUAAAAUGCAAUGCUUAUUUUGAUACCAUAACCGAAAUGGAAGAUCAUUUUGUAGUACAUUAUGCAAAUCCUUCAAUUAAAUUUAUGUGUGAUCAUUGUGAUUGCACGUUUACAACAUACGCGGAAAAAAAAAACCAUACCAAUUUUGAUCACUUGAUUGAAAUUGAGUGUGGCAUUUGCCAUGUUGUCUUACCAACUGAAGAAGCUAUGGAUCAACACAAUAUUUCUGUACACCAACCUAAGAAAUAG